AUGUCUGCUUCCGACAUUGAUCCCCGAAUUGAUCCAGGUGCGAAUGCCAUCUCGCCUGAAGCAGCCAACGCGGCCCCGUCUACCAACGGCGCGUCGUACAAGGACACGGCCGUCAACAAAAUUUCCCCUUUUGUGUUCCGGCAUCCUCUGACGCCCGCAGGCGCUGCGAGUGCUUUCGACACUGUGAAGAACGCCCAGAUCACCCAGGAUCUUGCCAACGGUAUUCCCUCCACUGAUCAGAUCAAGAGCUGGUACUCAUACCUCAAAGGACCCGUGGCUACCAGCGUCAAGAACGAAGCUACAGCGACUGGCAACGAGUUCUCCGCUUUGGCUGGCUCCCGCCAGGCCCCUGCCCAUACCGCUGCCAACGAGACCCCUCUUACCCACUACCAUUCGUUCUUCUAUACUCUCCUCAGCUGGAAGAAUCCCCGUGCUACCGGUGCUACCUUUGCCGCCACGCUGGUCUUCAUCUUUGCCGCACGCUACCUCCCCGUUACCCGUUAUGCUCUCAAGCUAACCUGGAUGACUCUUGGUGUCGUCACGCUUGCCGAAGCCCUUUCCAAGCUCGCGACUGGUGGCAGCCUCACCUCGUCUGUCCGUCCUAGAAAGUACUACAAGAUACCGAAGGAGGCUCUUGAAUCUACUUUGGACGAUGUUGAGCAACUCAUCAACUUCUUCGUCAUUGAGUCUCAACGCGUGGUCUUUGCCGAGAAUGUUGCAGUCACUGCUGCUGUGUUUCUCGCAACCUUCCUCUCGUACUACCUUGUCAAGCUUCUUCCGAUGUGGGGCAUGGCUCUUCUCGCUACCUCCGUCGUCUUCCUCGGUCCCCUUAUCUACGUCAUGAACAAGGAGGUCAUUGACUCCAAUAUCGAGUAUGCUGGCAAGAUUGCUGGUGAACAGGCUCAGCAGGUCCGUGACAUUGCCGGUCAGCAUGCGGGCAAGGGUCUGGAAAGUGUCAAGUCGUAUGCUGGAGAAUAUGCGGGUGCUGCGUCUGACCUGCUCGGUAAGUCGCGCCAAAAGAUCCCUCACCUUCAGAACUCGGUCAAGCAGGAGGAUUUUCCUACGGCUCCCAAGACCACUCUUCCAUCCGAGCCUGUUGCAGCCACCACCGAGACUGCACCCGAGCCUAUCCCAGCAACCUAG